ACAGCAAAGCUUGUCAGUGUUCACAUCGCAAGCAGGCAGCAAGGAAGCAAGACAAGAAGACAGUUCAGCUCGGACUCGUCGUAUGUUUUCACACAAUCCCGUCGCAUUGGAUUUCAUCGCAAAUUCCACGUGGGAAUGGAAAGCGGCGGCCAGGCGACAAGUUGCUGCAUCCCGGCGGCGGCGGCGUGAGCGGCUGCCGGCAACACAUGGGUGGCGUCAGCGGAUGAGGUGGCCUCUGCAUGGACAGUUACCCAACCUCCUCCAAACUCUGGACUCCAGCAGUCACGGACUAUGACCCACAUGGACUACAAGUACACCCUGCUGGACUCAGGGGGGGACGACUACGGCAAGAGACCGCUGCUCCUACAGGUGGACCAGGCUCCCAUGAACCUGUUCGCCGUCCUGCAGGUGAGGCCGGAGCUCCCGAGGAGGCGGGGCUCGCCCGGCUACUUCCGCAAAGUCCGCCUGUGCGGAGUGCUUCUCGGCGUGGCCGUCACUUUCGUCAUCAUGGCCUCGUACGUCCUAACGGGGGACAGGAAGGACCUUUUGCUCACGCCGUCGCCUUAUCACCACUUGGUCAACCCCCCGGGAGCCUUCUCGGCUUUCAACCUGUCUUUGGUCAAGGACUACGCGCACCUUCAGCUGGUGGUCAAGUCCAUCGAGUCCAAAGUGGAGUUCCACGCUGGCAGACGGCCGCCGGAGCUCGAGGCUCUGCUUCGCAGUGAGCGACACAUGUUUUCAGUCAUCCCCCGGCAAUUCCUCGCAGGUUUGCGCAACCCUUGCUGGUACGAGGAGUACGCCGGCAACGUCACCUCGGACCCGUACCGCUCCAACUUAUACGCGCGCUACGCACGCAGCUUCCGCACCGUCUUCCAGCGCUUGAGGAGCACUUUCCAAAAACACUUGUCGAGCCGCGACGGGAAACUUUAUCGCAUCCGCUGCCUACCGUAUUUCUACAUCAUCGGACAGCCCAAGUGCGGCACCACGGAUCUUUACGAUCGCCUGCGGCUGCACCCCGACGUCAAGUUCUCCACCUUCAAAGAGCCGCACUGGUGGACCCGCAAGAGGUUUGGGAUCAUCCGUCUGAGCGAGGGCUUCCACGACCGCUACCCGGUGGAGGACUACCUGGACUUGUUCGACCAGGCCGCUCACCUCAUCCAAGGCAGCCCGGCGGCCAACGACAGCGAAACGCCGAGUCGGCCCAAUGUCAUCAUCGGCGAAGCCAGCGCGUCCACCAUGUGGGACAACAACGCUUGGGUGUACUUCUACGACAACGCCACCACCGGGGGGGAGCCGCCCUUCCUCAUCCAAGACUUUGUGCACGCCCUGCAGCCCGACGCCCGCUUCAUCGUCAUGCUCAGGGACCCGGUGGAAAGGCUCUACUCGGACUACUUGUACUUCGGCAUCGCCAACAAGUCGGCGGAGGACUUCCACGAGAAGGUGUCCGAGUCCCUGCAGUUGUUGGACGGCUGUCUGGCCGACUACACGCUUCGCUCCUGUGUCUACAACACUAGCGUCAACAACGCCAUGCCCGUGCGAUUACAGGUGGGCCUCUACGUGGUCUACCUGCUGGACUGGCUGAGCGCCUUCAGUCGUGAGCAGAUCCUGGUGCUCAGGUUGGAGGACCACGCCUCCAACAGGAAGUUCACCAUGCACACCGUCUUCCGCUUCCUCGGCCUUGGGCCGCUGAGCCAGUCAAUGGAGUCUGAGCUGAACAGAAGCCCCGCCUCCAACAGCAGGAGGCCGGCUGACAAGAACCUGGGCCCCAUGCUGCCCGCUACACAACACGUCCUUCGCCACUUCUACGCCCCCUUCAACCGCAAGCUGGCGCAAGUCUUGCACGACGACGCCUUCGUCUGGGACUCCCAACCCUGACCCCUGACCUACACGGCAAACCGCCGCUCUGUUGCGAAAAUCCACAUUUGACGACGGCCCCAAAAGGUUUCUAUAUGAUGCCACAAGAUGGCAGCAAUGCACUUUUUCCGACCAGACAAGGCCGCAGCCUACAUGAAAUGCUCCUACCCCCACGCAACAUUGUUGCUUGGCACCAAAGCACUACUUUGAUGUUAGAUAACAGCUUUACCCUGGGCACAAAAGCAGCAAAAUGUGAAUCCCAAACCACAACUAUGUGGGGGUUCACUGUAAACAUUAAGGGACAGAAAAAUAAGUGAUUAUAUUGCAUGGUUUAAAUUUAACUGGUCGGUCAAUCAAUCAAUUAUCAGAAUUCUAAUUCUAUCAAACAUCAGAAUCAGCCUAAAAAAAUCACCCAACUUCACAGUCACGCACACACAUCACGUUUGAGCUCAGUAAACAUUCACGUCAUCAUCCUCCUCCUUUUCAAGUGCCCAUUUUAUUUUUUCAAUUUAAAUUAUUUUAAGUUAUGAACGCUGCAGAAAUUAAUCAAAGAUGGUGAAUAGCACAAGUGUGCAUGUGUGUGUGCGUGUGUGUGCGCAAGUGAAAAAAUUAUCUGAAGAUGUACAGUAUAAAGACUUUUCUUC